CUUGACCGAGAUAAGGUUUAUCAGUUACUAGCGAGACACUUUCUCUUUGCAACAAGCCGCCGAAAGGUCGUUUACUUGGCGCUUAUCACUUAUUGGCGAUCGCGGUAAGCGUCUUAAACACCAACAUUUAUUAUUCACCGCAGUCCAAGAUCAUGUGUAGGCGGCUUCGAAAACUUCAGUCAGGACAUAUAGUCCCGGAAUCUAUCAUCGUUGACAUCGUCAAGUAGCUCAACGAAAACUGGAACAGCGACGGUUUCGUUUCAACUGUUUCGUGCACGUAUUACAAGUAUAAUAAGUUUUCAAGAGUGAAGUACAACAACUACAAUAAAACUUAAUACAAAAUGUCGUCUAAAACAUACGAUUCAUCAUAUUCUAAAACUGAUAUGUCCAAAUCAGAAAUGAAACAUUUUUGUACUUAUUGUCAAGAUGAAAUCUCAAGUGUUCCUUGUCAGUCCAACACUGCUAAUAAUUCAAUGACUAUUUUUAUUCAUUGUGCAAUAUGUGAAGAUAUUUUUCUUUGUUUAAUGUGUUUUUCCAGUGGUGCUGAAAUUGGCAAUCACAAGAACAAUCAUGAUUAUAAAUUAGUUACAUUUUCUAAAUCAAAUUUAUAUGCAGUUAAACUCUUGAGUGCUUUAGAAGAAUGGAUUUCCGAAGAUACUGAAAAAUACCUCAAUACCAGAAGACUUGUACUUAGCUGGAAAGAUGUUGCUAGUUUUGUUGGAUCUGAAAAUCCUGAAGAAGUAAAAAAAGAGUACUAUCAAACUUAUGUUGAUGGACCAUUAGGCCAAAAUAUUAUUAAACUGGUAAAUAAUUAUGUUGGUUAUCGUUCAAUUAUGACAUUAGAUCAAGCCUUAAAAAUGAAAUGUUUUGAAAGUUGCCCCACUUAUUUUCCUACGAGUAAAUUUAUAAGAUUUCCAGAAGAUAAAGAAAAAGAAGACGGUUAUAUGAUUUAUGAGGAAUCAUACAAUGAAUUUGAAAAAUAUGAGGAUAUGAAAUUUUACGAAGAAACGCUUGAUAGUUAUCAACUUCAAUUAUUAAUACAAUGCACUAGCGAGUUUGGGUAUGGUAAUUGGGAUGCUAUUUCUAAACUGUAUAACUCUAUCAUACAUGAAGAAUAUCAUAAAGAAAAAUGGAAUUAUCUAUCAGAACAAAGAGUCAAAGAAGAAUAUACACUACGUUUUAUUCAAAAUCCAUUAUUAUGUGGAACUUGGUUACCAUUGGAGCACACAAGACCUUUGAUACCUGAUCGAACAAAUCGUAUACAAGGCCCUAAAAAUGGAUUUGAAGAUUAUUUAAAAAAACAACUUCCCAUAGAUGAUUUGGAUAUAUUUUUUUAUCCACCUCCAUUGAAUAACUAUAGAACAGAUAAAGAUGAAUUCCAUUCUUCUUGUGAAUAUUCAAACAAUAAACCAGAGAAACUAUCUGAAUUAAAUCCUUCAGAAUGUGUCUACUGUCAAGAAGAAUUUGCUGUUAUUGGAUAUCGGAUCGAUAAUCAUAAGUUUUCAAACUAUAAGACCAUUACAAAGUAUUCUUGUUGUACAAAUAAACAAACAUGUGAAAAUAUGUAUCUAUGUCUUUCGUGUUUAGGAAGUGGAGCAGAAAUUGGAAGACACAAGAGAUAUCAUAAUUACAAAUUAAUAACUGAAGUUAAGCUUUAUUCUAGUCAAAAUUAUUUUCAUGAAACAGAUUGGACGGCUAUGGAAGAAUUGGCAUUUCUAUAUGCAUUAGAAGAAUGGACAUGCAAAGAAACAGAAAAAUAUAUAGAUCCUAUAAAUUCUGAAAAUUUGAUUAACGAUUGGAAUAAUGUUUCCCAGCAUGUUGGAUCAAGAAAUGCUAAUGAAGCGGAAAUUGAAUUUGAACAUUUUAUUUCAAAUCAAAGAAUUUGGAAGUUGGUAGCAUUAUACACAGGUACUGAACCUUUAAUUACAUAUGAAGAAGCAGUUGAAAUGGGGUGUUUCGAAAAUCAUAAUAAUUACUUUAGUGCUUUAAAUCGUUCACAAAAAAAUAUUUGGAAUAAAUCUGAUUUAAAAUUAUUAUUUGAUUGCAUGACUAUUUAUGGUUAUGGUAAUUGGCAAACAAUUACAAUAGAAUUCAACAAAAUUAUGGCUGAUAAAUAUUUUGGAAAUCAAUGUGUAAUAAGAACACCUGAAGAAAUAAAACACGAAUGUUUACUUCGAUUCUAUGAUAGGCCUAUUAGGCAAAGAAAAUGGAAGCCACCGUCUAACUCUAGACCAAUCAUAUUUGAUCGUACACAUUAUUUUAAAGAACCUGUUAAUUUGAAAUAUCCUGUUAUGAACUCCAAUUUAUUUAUUCAAAUUGGUUAUGAUUAUGUUAAUGAUGAAUUUGAAUAUCCUUAUAUGGAUCAUGCUGAAUCUCUUUUGGACCUUAUGGGAGAUUUUGAAAUUAAACCAAAACUUCCUUCUGAAGACAAGUUUAAAAUGAAAUUAAAGGAUCAGUUCAAUAUAGAACCUUACUUGAAUAUUGAAGAAGAAAAAACCAUUAUAUCCUGUAAACAGUAUAAUGAAGUUUUAAAUCAACGAAGAAUAGCUAAAGCAUGUGUCCACAGUUAUAGAUUAAUUGAACAAUUUGCAAUUUACAAGGAUAAACAAUUGCCAAAAAUAAAACCGUUUUCUGUACAGUCCUUUGGAGAGCGGCUAGUUAAAAUGUCAAGAUUCAUGACUCUUGACAUUCAUAGGUCUUUGAUUGAAGGAGCCAAAAAUGAAAAACUUUUGGCACAUCGAUUAAAGGAAUUACAAUUUUACAAAAUUAUAGGUUUAAAAAAAUUAAAUGAAAUCGAUGUGUUUAAUAAAUUACAUCAAAAGAAUUUAUCAAAAAUACUUGAUACUGAUUCAGAACGUCAAUCAUCAAAUGAACUAAUUCCUUCUGGAUCUGACGGAAAAAGAAUAAUAAAUUAUGUUCAAAGUAUAUGUUCCACAUUAUCUACAUCUCAACAUUCUCAACCUGUCCAAAACAAAUUGGGAUAUUUACCUAAUGAUAAAUGCGAAGAAUUAUUAACAAGAAAUGAAAAAAUGUUAUGUCAAAAAUAUAAUUUAGAUCCAAAUUAUUAUUUGAAUACAAAAUUCAAAAUAUUAAAUAUUGGUCUUCAGGAAAAUUCUCCGAAAAUUGAUUAUAUUAUUCACAAGUAUUUAGUUCAUGUCAAUAAAGUUAGUGUUUUACCAAAUUCAAAAUUAUCAUGAAUUUUAGUUGUGUAAAUUAUUUGUACCUCAAGUUUUAUUCCAAAAUUAUUAGAAUGUAAAAUUAAAUA